CCUGGAGUUAUGCUGCUGGUUAUUCCAUAAAAAAGAUUGGUUCUUUGUACUGUCAUUUUUAUCCUGAUAUUACAUAUUGCUACAUAAUAUUAUAUAGUCUGCUUAAGAUUAAAUCAUGUGUAGCAUAUGUAGCAUGAUUUGAUUAUCAUACAAUUUAUUAUGUUGCUCUUAAAUCUUAUUUCUCAUUACUUCUCCAGUUUGUCAAAACCUUGUGGCAUAAAUAGUCUAAAUUCAUGAUUCAAAAAAACCCAUGAAAUGUAGCUCAACAUUUUACCUGAAAAACAUUUCCUUAUUUGUUAAAUAUGCUAUAAAAUUACACAAACCAGAAGACUUGGGCAAAAUAAGGAUAGUAAUAUUAGUUAAACACCUUGCGUCACUACCUGAUGAUGAAACUGCUAUGCAUCAUUUUUACUAAUCAGAGGAUAUUAUACAGCAUGAGUCAGGCUGUCACAGAUUUACUAUUAGCUAUAUAAACACAGCUGAGAAGUGUGCUCAGUAGCUCAAGAGUGAAACUGAGGCAGACAGCCUUAGAUGAGGAUGAAGACCUUUGCAAUUCUCCUGUCACUAUAUGUGGCCGUCUCCUCUGCAUUUCCUGUGGCUCCAGAAGCAGAAGAUGAGGGAAAAACCCUACAGCUUGUAGAGAGUUAUCUACAGAAUUUCUAUGACCUUCAAAAGGAUCACCACCCCCAUUUAAGAAGUGGUGGUGAAAACCCCCUUGCUGCAAAGCUCAAGGAAAUGCAGUCGUUCUUUGGACUAGAAGUGACUGGAAAACCUGAUCUUGACACAUUGGAGGUGAUGAAAAAACCCAGAUGUGGUGUACCUGAUGUGCAGCGAUAUGCGUUCACACCAGGGAAUCCCAAAUGGAAAAGAAAUAAUCUGACAUACAGGAUUUUGAAUUACACCCCAAAGAUGAGACGAGCUGAUGUAGAUGAAGCAGUCAGAAAAGCUCUCAAUGUCUGGAGCAACGUGACACCAUUGACAUUCCAAAGGGUUGAGAACAAAGUAGCAGAUAUAAUGAUCUCUUUUGCUUAUAGAGACCACCGUGACAAUUCUCCUUUUGAUGGUCCCAAUGGACAGCUGGCUCAUGCAUUCCAGCCUGGUGAAGGUAUCGGUGGAGAUGUGCAUAUGGAUGAGGAGGAAGCUUGGACAAAAGAUGGAACAGGCUACAAUUUGUUCAUUGUUCUUGCCCAUGAGCUUGGCCAUUCACUGGGUCUGUCUCAUUCAAAUGAUCCUGGAGCACUGAUGUAUCCAACCUACUCCUACACCGACCCCAGUGAAUUCCGUCUUCCUCAGGAUGACAUUGAUGGAAUUCAGGCCAUCUAUGGACGGUCUAAUACUGCUGUGCAGCCAACAGGACCCGUGACUCCAGAAGCUUGUGACCCAAAUUUGACAUUUGAUUCUAUUACUACCCUACGUGGAGAAAUAUUCUUCUUCAAGGGCAGAUACAUGCUGCGCAAGCAUCCCGAAAGGACAGAGACAGAGCUCAAUUUUAUCUCACUGUUCUGGCCAAGGUUACCAUCAGGAAUUCAAGCUGCUUAUGAAAACGUUGAGACAGAUGAAAUUACAAUUUUUAAAGAGGAUAAAUAUUGGGUCAUCAGGGGAUAUGAUGUUCUGCCUGGCUAUCCCAAACCAAUCUAUCGCUUCGGGCUCCCAAAGACUGUCAAAAGGGUUAAUGCAGCUUACAACGAUGAAGCCACAGGGAAAACAUACUUCUUUGUAGCUGACAGAUACUGGAGAUAUGAUGAAAAGAAAAAAUCCAUGGAUCAUGGGUAUCCCAGGAAAAUAGUCUCUGACUUUGGAAACAUUGGCAGGGUUGAUGCUGCUUUCCAGAAAGAUGGCUAUGUGUAUUUCUUCCAUGGAACAACCCAGUUCCAGUUUGAUCCUCGUGCCAAACGGAUAGUUCGAAAAAUGAAGAGCACCAGCUGGUUUAGUUGUUAAUUGCAAUGUUUUUCCAUGUGCACACUGUAUAUUUUUAUCUGCUGCAUUUUUCAGCAUUUCAUGAUUCUCAGGUCAGAACGGAUUUCUGUUCAAAUUCUAUGGCAGUAUAGUCUUAAUAAUUAUUUAUUUUAAGCCAAAUAAAUUUAUAUAAUUUAUCAAAA